AUGAGGACGACAACGACAACGCGGGCCGUAGUCCCAAGCGGACCAAGGGAUACCACAGAUCAGACAGUACCCAGUGCAUUAAAAUCGGACGUCGAGAGCUUGCUCCCUCCGAGCCAUGCGUUCCUCGGCGCACCUGCGCCAGUCUAUACAGAGGAUGGUUCUAUGCAGCGCAUCAUGGAAACCGAUGUUGGGAUCUCUGAAUACGUCGGACACGACGUUCCUCAAAUAGAAGGCAUCAUCAAACAGAGGUUUACCGACUUCUUGGUCUUCGAGGUUGAUUUGGAAAGUCAAGUUAUUCAUCUAAAGUCCUUGGGAAAACCCGAGUCUUCGCCCAAAUCGAAGUCAGAUGCCAAGGUGACUGAACCUCUGUCUCCAGAAGCAUCCACAAGUUCUGCAGGACCACGCUCCGUUUCAAACGGAAGCGCGAUCAAAUCUGAGGCCGCAGAAGUUGCUACAGACGAAGAGACUAUUCCGCCAAAUAAGGAUAUUCCUGCCGCUGCGACAGAGGAUAUUGGGGAAACUGAAUCGACGUCGCAAGACCAAGACUCAUUGCCCGAGCGUAUCACAAAGGCCUUGUCACCUUUCCUCUCCGAGGAAGCGAUAAUUCGCGUGAGGGAGCUGUACCAGGAGGGUCCAGAACCGCCAUUCGUGAGCGACAGCGGCUGGGGAGGACGUCAAGCAAAACAGUCCAAUGACGAGGAGAAACCAGAAAACGUCGAAAUGCCGACGGAGCUGCAACAAGAAGAAUCAGGAAGAUCCGGUAGAGGCAGACGAGGGAGAGAUCGUGGAGGUCGAAGUGGCCGCGGUGGUCGUGGAGGCAGAGGGGGAGGCAGAGGUGGUCGGGAAGAUCAUCGCAGAGUGCUGACAGAUCCAAUUGCGUCCAAGGAUAUACGCACUGGCCUUCAUCAAGCAAUCCGGCAGUUGUUCGGGGGGAAACUUGACUCAGAAACAGAUACAACUACUCCAGCCGGUGAAGAGGGUUCCCGUAUUGUGAUCAAAUGGUCCCGGCGAGGCACUGGGCGCGGUGGGGGGCGAGGCGGCCGGACAGCUCGCGGAGAACGUCCCGAGAGGGGCACAUUCCCUCCUUAUAUCCACUUCACUCUUCAGAAAACGAACCGCGAUACGCAGGAUGCUCUGGCACAUCUCUCGCGGUCGCUGCAUGUCAACGUCAAAGACAUCUCUGUCGCAGGGACAAAGGACAAGCGUGGUGUUACCGUGCAACGCGUUUCACUCAAGAGAGGGAACAAAACCGUGGAAGAUAUCUGGAAAUUGGCCAACGGUGUCAACGGACGAAGAACCGAAGAAGAGGCUGUGACCCAUCGGGGAGAGAGAGGCAUACGGAUUGCUGAUUUCAAUUAUCGGAAGGCCAGCUUGGAGUUAGGCAUGUUGAAAGGUAACGCUUUCGUGAUUACGCUUAGGAAUGUACAGGUAGACACCAUGGAAACACUUGAUCGGGCUAUGAACACCAUUAAGACCAAAGGCUUUAUCAAUUACUACGGUAUGCAACGGUUCGGUACAGCAUCUAUACCUACGCACUCCAUCGGUCUCGCACUCCUGAAGUCGGACUGGCAUAGGGCCAUAUCCUUGAUACUGCGUCACAGGCCUGGAGAACAUCCUGAAGUCGUUGCAGCACGGGAUGCUUGGCUGGUUGAUGGAGACCUUGACAAAGCUCUUGAACUCAUGCCGAGGCGUGUCGUUGCUGAGCGCUGCAUAUUAGAGAGCUACAAGAAACAAGGCGGGGACACCAGAAAUGCCAUGGGUGCUCUUUCGACGAUACCUCGCAAUCUGCGUCUCAUGUACGUGCACGCAUACCAAUCGUACGUGUGGAACGCCAUCGUAUCCGAACGCAUAAAGAUGCAUGGUGCGGAGAACCCUGUAGCUGGAGACUUGGUUUUCGAGCCGGAAUCCACCAGCAAAGCUGAAGCUGGCGAAGAAGAUCCAGAGUUGGUCACUAAUACCAUCGAAGGAGAUGCUCUCGCUGAGGAGCCGACUGAGACUCAUACCUCCGGGCGGUCCGCGAGACGGUUAAAGAAACCUUGGGAACCACCUAAGGUGAAAACGUUGACCGCAGAAGACCUCCCAAAUUACACCAUAUUUGAUGUGAUUAUGCCCUUGCCCGGAAAAGAUGUGGCAUUCCCGGGUGGUCCCCUAGGUGAACGCUACAAAGAUUUCCUUAGAGCUGACGGAUUGGAUCCCGACAAUUUCGUACGGAAGCAGAAGGAAUAUAGUCUCGGAGGUUCUUACCGCAAGAUUUUGCACCUACCAAAAGAGCUUUCUUGGUCUGUGCUUCGAUAUACGGAUCCAGAUGUUGCACUGGCCCAGGCUGACGAAGAUAAGCUUCUUGGCUUUGAUCCCCCGGCUGCGGUGGAAGACGGCAAAUUCAUGGCUUUGCAGGUUCAUCUUACUCUCGGGACAGCUGCAUAUGCUACAAUGGCUUUACGAGAAGUCACGAAGACAGAGACAAGUUCUCAUUUCCAGUCGACUCUGACACAGGCCUCCGAGGAUCAAAAAUACAAGACAACCGCUGAAGACGAGGGUGCAGACAACUGA